UAUAGAAAUAUAAAUGCAGUAUGCAAAUAGAGCGCAAUCCGAUGAGUUUUAUUUCCUCCAAGUUACAACAGUGGCGACGAGGAUUAAAGUAAAUUAAAUAUCCUAAAUUAAAUUAAGGUAAACGCGUUUGAUAAAUACCUAAAAGUAAAUUAAUAUUAAAUCCAAAUAAAUAUACCUAAUAAAAUAAAAUGGCCGCGCUUCUCGGUAGAAUUCAAGAAUACAAAAUCGAAGAUAAAAACUGGUCGUCAUAUAUCGAUCGCGCGAUUAAAACAGUAUUUUAAGGUGAACGAAAUUGAGGCUAGCAAGCAUACGCCAAUAUUAAUUACCGUCAUCGGAGGGGAAGCGUUUGACUUAAUGGUGGAUUUGUGCAACCCCAGAAGAUAAAAAGUUUGAAGAUCUAGUCAAGCUGAUGCAAGACCAUCUCCAGCCGCAACCAUCCGAAAUAGCGGAAAGAUAUAAAUUUCGCCAACGCAAGCAGGACGUUGGGGAGUCAGUGGCAGUGUACAUGGCUAAUUAAAAAAAAAUUAGCUAAAGAUUGCAAAUUUGGAGAAAAAUUUGAGGAAAAUCUGCGAGACCAAUUAGUCUUCGGGCUCAAGAGUGAAACCACCCGACAGCGAUUGUUCGUGGAGAAGUCACUCACGUUCCAUAAAGCACAGGAAAUUGCUGUGGGGAUGGAAGCAGCAGAGACCAACUCCCAUUUGAUCGCCGGAACUUCGUCAGUAGCGGCGGUUCAUAAAUUGCAGGCGACGAGGAGAAGGGUAGCGUGCAAGGAAGAGUCCAAAGAAAAGGGUCAGCGCAGUGGAUACCGAAGGAGCAGGUGAAAUCACUGUGUUGCGAAUUAAUCGAGGUAGUAAAUGUUUAUUACAUGAGCUGCAGAAACUUAUCAUCCCCAUCUUUGAAAUUGAAGCGUGAAGUGAAUAAGGACUAAAGUCAAACUAUAGUUUGAGAAAUGACGAGAAGAGCAGUAUGGAAGGUGAUCAGUCGCAGAUACUACUCAACAGAUCGUCCAUUUUCAACGGUCGUCCUUCCAGAGAUGUUAGAAGAUUACCAGCGGGAAACGGUCGAGAAAACAAUACCCAAGUCUUACAGCGAGGUUCCAGGUCCACGAUCAUUACCAAUUGUCGGUAACACAUGGCGAUUUGCUCCAGUGAUAGGCCAAUAUCAGAUUUCGGAUUUGGACAAACUGAUGUGGUCGCUCUUCGAAACGUACGGCAAAAUCGUAAAGGUAUCCGGACUGAUCGGGCAUCCAGAUCUCCUAUUCGUUUACGACGGCGACGAAAUUAAGAAGGUUUUCCGAGGCGAGGAGGAAAUGCCGCGCAGACCUUCCAUGCCUUCGCUGCACUACUACAAGGAGAUUUUGCGCAAAGAUUUCUUCGACGGAAACGCCGGAGUUAUCGGAAUACAUGGGCCCAAAUGGGACGAAUUUCGGAAGCAAGUUCAACAAAUUGUUCUUCCGCCUUCGACCGCAAGGAAGUACAUACAGCCGCUGAACGUUAUCGCUGGGGAGUUUUUAGAAAGAAUGGAAGAAUCCCUAGAUGAGAACAAGGAGUUGCCCGAUAAAUUCCUGUACGAAAUCUACAAAUGGGCUUUGGAAUCGGUCGCAAGAGUUUCCUUGGACACACGCCUUGGAUGUCUAGACAGAAAUUUGAAUGAAAAUUCCGAAUCGCAACGAAUUAUCAAUUCGAUCAACACCUUCUUUUGGAACGUCUCCGAAGUUGAACUGAAAAUGCCGAUAUGGAGGUUUUACAAGAAUAAGGCUUUCACGAAGUAUAUUGGCGCACUGGAAGAUUUUCGAACAUUAUGCAUGAAAUACAUAACUCGAACCGUCGAAAAUAUCUCUAGUAGGUCAGCAAUCGACAAGCAAGAGGAAGACAUAUCGAUCGUAGAAAGAAUUUUCUUGAAAACCGGAAAUAGCAAAGUUGCGGCGGUCCUGGCGCUAGACUUGUUGCUAGUUGGUGUUGAUACGACUUCGAUAGCGUUAGCCUCUACUUUGUAUCAACUUUCACAAAACCAAGACAAACAGCAAAAGGUUUACGAAGAGCUUUGCUCAAUUCUACCAGAGGCUGGCUCGGCAAUUGACAGUAACGCCCAGGAGAACUUGCACUAUCUUAAAGCCUGCAUUAAGGAAACCUUAAGAAUGUAUCCCGUUAUUAUUGGUAAUGGACGAAGUCUGUCCAAUGACACUGUGAUUGGCGGAUACAUGGUACCCAAAGGGACUCACAUCAUUUUUCCGCACCUGGUCGUGAGUAACAUCGAAGAGUACUUCGACCAACCCCACAAAUUCGUGCCGGAACGCUGGUUAAAAACGGAAAUGGCCGGCUGUCCGAUUCAGCACAAGAAGAUACAUCCGUUCGUAACGUUGCCCUUCGGCUACGGCCGUAGAGCGUGCCUAGGUAGACGGUUUGCGGAGAUGGAGCUACAAAUUCUCCUAGCCAAGAUAUUCAGGAAGUACAAAGUUGAGUACAAUUAUGGAUCAUUAACCUACGAAAUAACGCCCACUUAUGUGCCAAAAGAACCACUAAAGUUUAAGCUAACUUUAAGGUAGUUUAACCCUCGAUAUACAUUGACAAUUCGUUACUUGGAGUGAUGGUAUGAGAAAAUGCCCGCGAGGCACUCGUCACCAUUAAGUCACUGCAAUUUACGUGUAUAUACAGCGAAUCAAUUUGUAUUUUUCUACGACAUAUUCACUGCCUCAAACGAAUUUAGGUAAAUUUAUA